CGAAUCUAUUUUUCCGCUUCACCGGUCUUAUUUUAAUAGUUCAUUUGCUGGUCCGAUUUCACUUUGUUUUACGGGAUGAUUCAAGAAAGUAACUAAUUUACAGCUGACCCACACUGUAGCUAUAACUGUAGCUGAUUCGUGAGAAGUUAAUUCCACAAGAGAAGUGCAAAUAGGGCCUAUAAAUAGGGCACAGGGCUGCCAUAUAAUUUGCACAUUCAAAUAGUAGAGAAAGCAAAGAAACAAAAUUAAUAAAAAUUUCAUAAUAUUUGUUAUGGCGGAUACCCAAGGAAAGCCCGCUACUCCAAAGAUAAUGAGAGAGUUCGAGUUCCCUGCUUUAGGUCAUGGAUUACUCCCAAGUCAUUACAGCCGCAAAGAUUUUGGGGAUGACUUUUACUUUGGUCCAUCCAGCUCUUCUUUUCAGAUCGAAGGCGGCCAUCGCAGAGAUGGCAGACGCAGAAACAUAUUUGAUACCUUUGCUGAGAAAAAUAGGCUGUUUGACCAAUAUGGUGAAGAUGCUAUCAAUCAUCGCGAGCAUUUCAAGGCCGAUGUGGAUCUGAUUAAGCAAAUGGGAUUUAAUAGUUACCGAUUCUCCAUCUCGUGGUCAAGAAUACUGCCAACUGGGAAAAAAGAAAGCAAAAGUGAGGCAGGCAUCAAGUUUUACAAGGAUCUUUUCGAGGAACUCAAGCAAGCAGAUAUAACACCUAUGGUGACUCUCUUGCACUUCGAUCCUCCCCAGGAUUUGGAAGACGAGUAUCAUACUUUCUUGAGACCCGAAAUUGUGGAUGAUUUCUGUGACUACGCAGAGAUUUGCUUCGAGGAAUUCGGUGAUUAUGUGAAGUAUUGGACAACUAUAAACGAACCUUGGUAUGUUGCAUAUGGAGGAUACAUUGAGGGUGCAAUCCCACCAGGGUUUAGAUCAGAUAGGGACUAUGAUGCCCUUCAAACCGCGGCAGAGGCAAAAUCAGGGAAGACAUUUGAUCAUCAAUUUUGUUCUAUCUGCCCACCCUACCAAUGUUCACACAAAUCCUUGUCGGCUAUUGCUAAAAAUAGUACUUCUCUUCCAAAUACCCUAUCAAGAGUUGUUCUACCUCCAAAGGAUCAAUGGCCUUACGUAGCUGUUCAUUACCAAAUCCUCGCCCAUGCAAAGGCAUUCAAAUUGUACAAAGAAAAGUAUCAGAAAACUCAAGGAGGAAAAAUUGGUAUCAACAUUGUUGCACAAUGGUUUAUUCCGCUGGAGGAUACCCUGGAAGAUAGAGACGCUGCACAACGGGCAUUGGAUUUCAUGGUUGGAUGGGUCAUGGAACCUGUAUAUAGUGGUUGUUAUCCAGAAAACAUGGUUAAGUACGCUACCAAAGGUUUCCUUCCUAAACUUGAUAAAGAUAUGGUCAAAGGAACAUACGAUUUUGUUUCUUUCAUCUACUACACCUCUCGGUAUGUCUCUAACCUAGACCUUGGAGGAGGAGAUUACAUUCUGGAUCGCCGAGUUGAGUUUCAUGAGAGAUCUAAGGAUGGCGUACCCAUUGGUAACUUACAGGGAGCCGCUGGAUGGAUUUAUGAUUAUCCACAAGGGCUGCUGGAGUGUUUGCGAUACAUUAAAAAGAACUACGGAGAUCCCGAGAUUUACAUACACGAAAAUGGUUUCGAUGAUCCGGAUCGUCCCCCGACUGAUCCUGCGGCGAUUCACGACGCAGACAGGGUGCAGUACCUGCAUGAUCACCUUGACGCCGUCCAGAAAGCCAUAAAGGAAGAUGUGAAUGUGAAGGGAUAUUUUGUGUGGUCUUUGAUGGACAAUCUUGAACUGGGAGUAGGUCACGAUUCUCGAUUCGGCAUCAUCUACAUUGAUUACAAGGACCUUAAUUCGAAAAGAAUGCCCAAACUCUCGGCUUCUUGGUUCAAACAUUUCCUCGCAAAUGAUCAAACUAAGAAAAAGGGCGCCACUGGGGAUCAAGAAAAGGAAGAUCCAACUAAGGAAGAGUCGAAUGGCGCUCCAACGAAGGGGGAGAUGACUAAGGCAGAGUCCAACGGCACCGCAUAAGAAAGGGUUGACCUCCCUACAAGGGUUUUUUUUUUUCAGUUAUAUUUGUGUUGGAUUUUACUUCAUCAUGUUUUCUUCUUCACAUGCUUGGAGUAAGUUUGUAAUUUGGAGUAUUUUGUAUCUUUGUGUAAGUAUUCUCAUUAAUUUCAAAAUUUGUGUGUAACUAGCCAUGGAGCUAGAAAUGCUGUUUAAUAAUCACUUUCUGAACAGAGGAAGACUUGUUAAUGUUAGAUAGGCAGCUAGACCGAUUUUCAUUUAUAUUUUUAUUUUCAUUUCUGUGUAAGUAUGAUUAAUUAUAUUUGAAUCUGCACUUUCCCGCUUCAGAUAUAUGAAUCAAACCGUCCAUCUUGCG